CGCCUUCCCCUCUCAGGGCGAGCGAGUGCAAUCAUGGCAUCUCUCUCUGAUUGUUGAACAUUAUUUAACAAGUCGGGGCAUUUCCGCAUCAAUCUCUUGCUCCGAGUUCGUUAACCGGCGUGACCAGAAAGCGAGCAGAUCGCCCAACGACCAGCUCGACAGCUUUUCAUUGUCAGCCAGACACUUUGCCUAUCAUUAUUACGAGUACUAAUAUUAUUAUUAUUACUAUUGUUAUUAAUUUAAUUAUCUAUUUACGUCGGGCAGCCAGAACUCGCUCGCUCUCUCUCUGCCGACCUCUUCUACUUAUUCGGGGCGGCUUUUUCUUUUUCUUUCUAUCCGUUUGAUGGAGUUUACGACGUGGAUAUAUGCCAACGACGCACUACCAACAGCACGUGUUUGACACAUCCAUUUAUUCCUUACAAAAAAAGUAAGUUUCAUUGAUUGUGCUACGGGCAUGCUGGAUUACAACCUUCGAGGACUCAGUCGGACAUAUCGACCACAGUUUAUAUUUCAAUCUGGUUUAUGAAAUGACAACACCAUCAUAAUCAAGGGUUAUAUACCACCUUACCUUCUGGAGUACUUUUAGCUAUGGCUUGGACAUUACCUUCAACAAGACUUGCACUUACCACGUGCUUUGUAUUGCUCUUCUGUUGUCUGACAGUUGCCCGAUUGUCUAGGAUCCAAACUCUACGGAGACGUGAUGAGGCUAAGUCCAAAAUAUCUCAUCAACGUUUACUUCGAUUGAAAACUCGCAGUGACAAACCAAACAUCAUCUUAAUUCUUACAGAUGAUCAAGAUGUUUUACUAGGUUCUUUAGAUUACAUGCCUAAAACCAGGAAACUCUUGACCAACAAUGGUGCUUUCUUCAAUAAUUCUUUUGUUUCAACACCAAUGUGUUGUCCAUCUCGGAGUACAUUAUUGACUGGUAUGUACAGCCAUAACCAUAAUGUUUUCACUAACAAUGAAAACUGUUCCUCCACACAAUGGCAGCAGAAUUACGAGACCAGGAGUUUUGCUACAUAUCUGAGUGACCAAGGUUAUCGAACUGGUUAUUUUGGGAAAUAUCUUAAUGAAUAUAACGGCUCUUAUAUUCCUCCUGGCUGGAGAGAAUGGAUGGGGCUUAUACGCAAUUCUCGAUUUUAUAAUUAUUCUGUCAAUUUUAAUGGUAAAAAGAUGAAGCAUGGUGAUAACUAUUAUGAAGACUAUUUCACAGACCUCAUCGCCAACGACAGUGUUACGUUUCUCAAACAGAGUAAACAGCUAUUUCAGAAUAAACCCGUCCUGAUGGUUUUGAGUGUACCAGCACCCCACGGAACAGAAGAUGCAGCACCCCAGUACCAGCAUCUAUUUGCUAAUGCAACAUCUCACAGAACACCAAGUUGGAAUUACGCUCCAAACAAAGACAAGCAAUGGUUGCUUCAACACAUGCAGAAAAUGGAACCCAUUCAUCAGUUAUUCACUGAUAGAUUGCAGAUGAAACGCCUCCAAACAUUGCAGUCAGUUGAUGAUUUAGUUGAAAAGGUUGGCGCAGAACUGAAGACCCUUGGUGAAUUAGAUGAUACCUAUAUUUUAUACACAUCUGACCAUGGCUAUCAUCUUGGACAAUUUGGUCUUAUUAAAGGAAAAGCAAUGCCCUAUGACUUUGAUGUACGUGUCCCUCUAAUCAUUAGAGGGCCUGGAAUAAAGCCAGGCAUUAAUAUCAACAAUUUAGUUGCCAACAUUGAUAUAGCGCCAACCAUCUUGGAUAUGGCUGGGAUUGAUAUACCUUCUGAUAUGGAUGGACGCUCUCUUCUUCCUCUCUUGAAAGCUGCCAAAAAUAUAAGUAAAGGAGGUUUCGUCAGUCGAAACAAGCCAUGGAGAGACACAGUGCUUCUUGAAAGAGGAAAAAUCUCCAAGAAAAUUCGUAAACAGAUGUUGCGACAAGAGAAAAUGUUGGCCUGGUUCAGUAAAAGUGAACUGCAAAAGAAUGGCAUCCGUAGCCCGUCUGUAAACUUCCAGAUGUUCUCUGGAGCUGAUCUUGUUGAGCUUUGUGAACGACCAGAAUUCAAAUCUCCUUGCAAACCACGACAAGCUUGGGAAUGUCGCUUUGAGAAAGGAACACCUGAAAUAUUUAGAUGCCGUACAAAUCGUCCAAGCUAUAUGCCAGGACUUCAGAAUGACCCUGCUUGCAUAUGUCCUUCACCUCGACCCCGCAGCCAAGAGAAACUGGAACGUAUAAACAAUCGAAACUUCAUCCGUUCCUACAUAAACAGAGAAAAUAACAAGCAACGAUAUUUAAGAUCCAAAUUGAAGAGAUCAUUGCGCCGGGUAUCUUCCUAUUAUUCCAAUGUCUACCCACCUGAUUUUUCUACAGAGGACUCUUUACAAAUUGAUUUUCCCUAUCAAAAGCAGCAGCAAAUGUGCAGAGUUCUGGCAAACAACACCAUUGUUUGUGAUCCUGUGUUAUAUGAGGAAAUAGAUAUCUGGAAAAACCACAAAGACCAUCUUGAUUCUUUAAUUCAAAAAUAUCAAUUGACAAUUAAAAAUUUAAAGGAUAUUCGUAAACAUUUGAAAAAACAGAAACCUUCUGAAACAGUAGCACCCCCAGUUCCUGUCGACCGCAUGUUCUAUCCUAGCACUGGAAGCUACGACAGAGUUGGGAAUGGAGCGGCCUGUGACUGUAGCAGGACACAAACAGGUAUCAACACGGCUAACAGGAAGUUAACUACACCAAAAUUUAACACUUUGUUUAGUACAAAUCAACCAAUUCUACCAUGGAAGCGUCCACGGUAUCGCAAGAAGAUAUUGAAGCGUAAAUUUAAGCGUAAGUUUAAGCGUAACCGGAAAGACAGUAAACAUGAAUGCCGUGUUCCGAACAUGAAAUGUUUUACACAUGACAACGAUCACUGGAAAACCCCACCUUACUGGAACUUUCCAUCAAAGUUUAAGCCACGGCAUCGGAUACGUUCAACUGAAUAUCUCUCUCAGCUUCAUGGGAUAUCUUGUAAAAAAGAUGGUAUGGAAUGUAGUAUCAUGGAUAACGACCACUGGAAAACGCCUCCCUUUUGGACUUAUGGCCCAUUUUGUUUCUGUUCCAAUGCCAAUAACAACACGUACUGGUGUAUUCGUACAGUUAAUGAGACUCACAACUUCCUCUACUGUGAAUUCAUCACUGGCUUUAUCAGUUAUUAUAACAUGCUGGAAGACCCAUAUCAGUUGAAGAACAGCAUUCAUGAAAUAAAUUAUGGUGUGCUGCAACAGCUCCAUGCCAAUUUAGAAAAACUCAGAAAAUGUAAAGGUGCUAAGGAAUGCAGUUACGAUUACCUCGAUGAAAGUCUCAAAAAACCGAAGCAAGAGAACAUCGUCAAUGAAUCUCUGGUUGGAAGAAAAGGUGUUCCUACCAGGUUUACAACAUACACUCCUUAUCCAUUCUCUAAACAAGAUGGAUUAGUUUCAAAUGUAAUUUCUGUAGAUAAAAAUUUGCCUCUUGAACAAGGCUGAUAGGAGAAGGUUUCAGUAUGAGGUGGUGCAAUUUAUUCUAUUUUGUUUGUUAGUUAGUUAUUUUCCCAACUAUUCUUGAUGCUUCCCAUAAACCAUAAUUGCCUCUUUUACUCUUGGAUUUUCAUUUCUAAGACUAUAAUUGUUUUUUUAUGCAAUAAUUUCUUUUUUUUUUUCACUUUUACAGGAGAAAAAAUUUCAAUUUUUUUUUUUUUUUUUUGUUAAUGAAAAAUCUUAAAAGAUUUCUUCAUUGUAUAUUUUUACAGCAUGUCAAUAUUUCAUGUUUAAAGAAAGUGGUAUAGACAGCUUUUAGAGAGGAGAGCACUGGGACUAGAUGCUUUACUGUAAAUUUGUUUGCUCCAUCACUAAUAUUGUUCAAAGUUUGAAAUCUGAAUUCCCACCAGGGCCAACUUUGCCUUUCACCCUUUCUUGAAGGUUGAUAAAAUAAAGUACCAGUAUUAGACUAGAGUCAAAUUAAUUGAAUUUACUUGAAAAAAAAAGCAAAAAAAAAAAAGCAAGAAUUUGAUAUUUCAUGUAAGGAGGACUGGAAACUAAUCUUUUAAUGUCACUAUCUUUUACUCAUCCACCAUCCAUCCAUCCAUUUAUCUAUCUGUGUCUUCUUUUUUUCCUUCCUUCUAUUCCCUUGUCCAAUAACAGCAAUUUGUCAGUAAAUAUUGUGUUGAAAUAAUGAUUGAUCAAAACGGUUUUGUUUGGUAUGAAACAUUAAGAAAAAUCUAUUUUUGUUUUUAUCAACUUCACUGAAAAUCUUUUAUUUACUUGUCUUCUUAACCCACUGACUUUUGUUUUUAUAUCCAUUAUAAAGAGUCUUUAAAACUUACUAUCUCUAUAUGGAAAUAUAAGUUACUUCUGUACCAGUUUAUAUCUUGGCUGUUCACUCAGAAAUUUAAUAUAUUCACGGUUACAUUCUUGCUAGAAGAAACUAUUAGAGUGUGACUCGAGUGACUAAGGUCACCACUUGCUGUUAAAUUAGAUGUUUUACGAAUUAGUCUAUCUAUAAACUAUCAUAACUUUAAAAAAAAAUUUGACUUCCUCCUUACCUAUUGUUGAAUUCAUAUCAAAAAUACGAUCCUUUUGAGAACCAACCUACAGAAGAAUGUUCAAAGUUCAUUAAUAAAAAAAACUGCUUGUUUUAAAGUGUUUAUAUACAAAUUAAAACUCAUCAUUUUUAUGCAACUUUUGGUUAAUUAUGUUCCAAACAUCAGCUUAAUACCAAUAAAUAUUUUAGUAAAUAUUUUGUUAGUAAAUCAUUCUAGAUCCUUUAAUAAUUUAAAGAAAUUAAUUAUAAAAUAUUGUCAUAGAAGGCUUAAAUUUUCUUUCCAGCAUACAAAUAAUUACAAUUUAGCAACACCUUUCCAGUAAGUUCCAUAAUUAUCUACCUUAGUUUUAUGUUGGAUCAUAGAUUGAAGCCCUAAGAAAAAUGAAUUAUCAAGGUUAAAAUUCGCAAGACGCUCUUCUUUUCUUUGUAUCCAUAAUUUUCUGGCUAAAAGUAUCUUUCCCCAGAAAUUAUAUAAUAUCUAGAGAAUAAUUUAUUUAAAUGAAUCUAAACAAUAACAUAUUCGUUCAUUCUCAGUGCAUUCUGGCAGAUUUGAACACCAAUAUCUGAUUGUUGUGUUCUUUUAAUGGCAACAAUCAGAUAUUCCUAUUGAAUCUGCCAGAACAUAUUAAGAAUGAAUUAUUGUUUGGAUCCACACUGUUCUAUAGGCACUCCAUCAAGUUUUGUUUGGUAAACAUUAGCGGAAACCAGCAAAUGAUUUGUUUGCUGAUUCCUAUGAACAAGAGCCAGUGCACUUGUUAAAUUCAUUGGUUCAGUGGGGUAGCUUUGACUGAUGAGACAUGAUAAGUUUGAAACACCAAAGUAAUCUCAUAGUUCCCUUACACCAGUGAAUUGUAUGUGUUAUGAGCACACAUUGUCUAAAGGGAGAUGUUCCCUCAUGCCAAACAACAGUAAUCAGACAUUCACAUUCGAAUUUGCCAGAACAUAAUAAGAAUGAAUAGAAAUUAAGAAAAUUAUCUAAAUUAAAAAUUCCAUCAAAAGUUCAGGUUAGUUAAUAUUUUCCAAAACCAGUUUAUUAACGACAAUUAUUUUACUAAAUUCUUCAUUAUUUUCAAAAUUGAUACAAAAGCAAUGUUUCAACAGAAAUAUGAUAACAAAACACUUACACAGACUUAUGUUCAAAGGUAUCCCAGCCAUGACUAUCCAGUCACUUUUUUGAUCACAGUAAACCCCAGAUUACAUCAUCCAAUGAUGGUAGACUUUGGUUUAACCCUUUUGCACGAGAUUGCUCCUAGUUCUACGAUACAAACUUCCUGUUUUUAAAGUGAUCUAAAUUAAACACUUCCAUCAGAAUUUCCUGUUAGUUUAUGCUUCAAACAUCAACUUAAUAAUGGCAAAGUUAUUUUAGUAAAUUCUUCAUUACUGUCAAGAUUAAUUGAUACGGAGGCAGCGUUUCAAAAGAAAUAUGAUAACAAAAGGGUUAAAGGAAGUAUUAAAUUUAAGUACUGUAAAGGUGAUGAUUGUUUGAUCUGAAAUCUUGAGAUUCUCGUUUCAGACUUUAGUUUAUCUGACGAGGUGUUAAAGAAAUUAAGAUAGUAUCAGCACAUGACGAGGCUAUAUUAAAUUCAACAUGGUGGAGAGCUGUUAUCUUAUAGCUAUGAAGAACUAUUCGGAUUUAUGCUAACAAUUUGGUUGCACAAAUCAUCAUACUUAGGAACCCUAAGUAACUCUAAAUGUAAAAUCGGUUUUUAUAACACUACUACAAUUAGUCUAAUACUAGUUUGCUUUAAAUAGCAAAACUGCAAAAAAGUUCUCUCUCUGAUGGUCUGUUCCUCAUUACAGUGUAUAAUGAAUGUUUUUAGGUGACAGAUUUAAGAUUAAACCAAAAUAUGAUAAAAUAAAUGAAAAGCAACAUCAAAAAAUGCAAUUAAGUCCUAAUUACUUAAUAUCAGUUAGUUCUUUGAUCUUUCUAUUUUUUGUUUUAAGGUGUCUGUCAAAUGAUUAUUAGAAGCAACCAUUAAGAUAAUUUUCUUAUUAAUUAAUUGUAAGCAUUUCUUCAUCAACAUUCAGAAGAAGCUUGAUGUAAAAAAACAAAAAAAUGUUCACAGUGCAAUGAUAAACCAAUUAUGUGUAUUAAUUAUAAGUAUCUGAAAAUAUAUAAUAUUAGUAUUUUUUUUUUUGUUCCAUUUAACUAAUUCCAGCUCCUUGGUUACUUUCAAGGAUUAUGUAAACAGUCACUUUUAGGAUUGCUGUAAAAAUAAAAUAAAAUAAAAUAAAAUAUUCUGCAUGACAGAUAGUGUAUUGGGUUAACGCCAGUUUGGAAUUAGAAAACUGAACAAAAGAA